UGCAGGUGACUCUGAUGUAGUCUUGGGAAUUACUUUCUAGGGUAGGGUCACACACUUCUGAUUUCCUAGUUUGCUCAUUAACAUCUUCCCUGUGAAAGGCACUGCAGCAUUAACCUUGCCUUGAAAAACACAAGCUGUCUACCCAGAAAGAAAUGCACAUUUGCCUCUAGUCUCCUUCCUCCAGUGUACACACUUACAUGCUGAGAGGAAAACCUGGAACCAACCAUUCAGCAAAUAUGCAUAAAAUACCUAGUAUGUGCAACACUACUAUAUUCCUUGGGAAUAGAAAAAAGAAAAUUUUACUUUUCCUUAAGGAAUUCACAAACUCCUGCAUUGGAACUAGUUAGAGAAUGACACGAGAGAAACUAACUGUAAAAUUAAAUGGUACCAACUGCCACAGAAAUUCAGUUGAGAAUGAGGUCAGCUAGGGCUGAAAUGACUGGUGAUAACUUCAUGGAAAUUGUGGGCUAUGGGCAGGGUAUUUAAUAACCAGGAUGACUGGAAAAGAGUGAUCAUAGGGGAGCAUGCUAGGCAAGGCAGGAGCCAAGAGGGUUCUUUUGAGAACCCCAAAGGAAGAAAUUUGGAGUGUAAAGGGAAGAAGAGUUGGCAGGGAUGGAUGGGGCCAGAUUAUCGUGUGCUUGACCGCUGUCCCUAAAUUUAAAUAUUCUUAGUAAAGUAGCUAAUCUAGGAACAGAUUUAGUAUAAAAGAAAGGUUAGCAGGGCCUCCCUGGUGGCGCAAGGGGUUAAGCACUGCACUAUGAAGCUGUCCGCAGCCUCUGCAGCACGAGUUCGAUCCCGGCCGGCCGGCGAGGGUCCCACAUGACGCAGCAGACCUCUCCUGUCAUGCCCACUGCUCCCCUCAGCAGUGUUAUUUCGUCAGUCUGCCUGUUCUGCUCCCCGCCUGUCUCUGGUGGGAUGGAUAGCAGGGUCUCGGGUACAGCCAGUAAUGGAGAGACAAAACCAGCAUACCCGAUCGUGGCAAGGGCAGAGGAAGAUGCUACUCUGGAGCGGGGGCACUGGAACAACAAGAUGGAGUUUGUGCUGUCAGUGGCCGGGGAGAUCAUUGGCCUAGGCAACGUCUGGAGGUUUCCCUAUCUCUGCUACAAAAAUGGGGGAGGUGCCUUUUUCAUUCCCUACCUCAUCUUCCUCUUUACCUGUGGCAUUCCUGUCUUCCUCUUGGAGAUAGCACUGGGCCAGUACACCAGCCAGGGAGGCAUCACAGCCUGGAGGAAGAUCUGUCCCUUCUUUGAGGUUCCCCCUCCAGGCAUCGGCUAUGCCUCCCAGGUGAUCGUCAUCCUCCUCAACUUUUAUUACAUCGUUGUUCUGGCCUGGGCCCUCUUCUACCUCGCCAGCAGCUUCACCACGGACCUGCCCUGGGGAAGCUGCAAUCAUGAGUGGAAUACAGAACACUGUGUCGAGUUCCAGAGGACCAACGGUUCCCUGAAUGUGACCACCGAGAACGCCACCUCUCCCGUCAUCGAGUUCUGGGAGAGGCGGGUGCUGAAGAUCUCCGAUGGCAUCCAGCACCUGGGGGCCCUGCGCUGGGAGCUGGCCCUGUGCCUCCUGCUGGCCUGGGUCAUCUGCUACUUCUGCAUCUGGAAGGGGGUCAAGUCCACAGGCAAGGUGGUGUACUUCACAGCCACAUUCCCUUACCUCAUGCUGGUGGUCCUUUUAAUUCGAGGGGUGACACUGCCUGGGGCAGCCCAAGGAAUUCAGUUUUACCUGUACCCAAACCUCACCCGUCUGUGGGAUCCCCAGGUGUGGAUGGACGCAGGCACCCAGAUCUUCUUCUCCUUCGCCAUCUGUUUAGGGUGCCUGACGGCCCUCGGCAGCUACAACAAGUUCCACAACAACUGCUACAGGGACUGCCUGGCCCUCUGCUUCCUCAACAGCGGUACCAGCUUCGUGGCCGGCUUUGCCAUUUUCUCCAUCCUGGGCUUCAUGUCUCAGGAGCAGGGGGUGCCCAUCUCUGAGGUGGCCGAGUCAGGCCCUGGCCUGGCUUUCAUCGCCUACCCCCGGGCGGUGGUGAUGCUGCCCUUCUCCCCUGUCUGGGCCUGCUGCUUCUUCUUCAUGGUGGUGCUCCUGGGACUGGACAGCCAGUUUGUGUGCGUAGAAAGCCUGGUGACAGCGCUGGUGGACAUGUACCCCCGUGUGUUCCGCAAGAAGAACCGCAGGGAGGUCCUCAUCCUGGGCGUCUCUGUCAUCUCCUUCCUUGUGGGGCUGGUCAUGCUCACAGAGGGCGGGAUGUAUGUGUUUCAGCUCUUUGAUUACUAUGCAGCCAGUGGCAUGUGCCUCCUGUUUGUGGCCAUCUUUGAAUCCCUCUGUGUGGCCUGGGUUUAUGGAGCCGGGCGCUUCUAUGACAACAUUGAAGACAUGAUUGGAUACAGGCCGUGGCCUCUCAUCAAAUACUGUUGGCUCUUCCUCACACCGGCUGUGUGCACAGCCACUUUUCUCUUCUCUCUGAUCAAAUACACCCCGCUCACCUACAACAAGAAGUACACGUACCCGUGGUGGGGAGAUGCGCUGGGCUGGCUCCUGGCUCUGUCCUCCAUGGUCUGCAUCCCCGCAUGGAGUGUCUACAAACUCAGCACCCUCAAGGGCUCCUUCAGAGAGAGAAUUCGCCAACUUGUGUGCCCGGCUAAGGACCUGCCGCAACAGAACCAGAACCAACCAGCACCCUCUCCUCCUGCCACACCCAAGACAUCACUCCUGAGACUCACAGAACUGGAGUCUCACUGCUAGGAGAGCUGCUGCCCACCUUGGAGCUGGGGAGCCAGACCGUGGGGCCACCUCCUCACCAUGAUUCUUUGCCCCCAUCUGGGCCAGAUAAGACAGAGGGGAUAUUUGGGAAUCCACUUUCUGAGCUGAGGCCUCCUGCCCCCAAUCACAACUAUGCAAUGCCAGUGUCAAGAGGCAUUUGACACUGAAAGGGCUUUGGGAAGUUGGGUGAGGGCCGGAGGGCGGGGUGAGAGCUCUGGCUGUGGGGCUCCUUCCCUUCGUUCCAUUAAAUCCAUGU